GAGACCUCUGGUGUCGUCGAGUGCUUAACAAAGAGUGAGAGAAACGAGAAAUCGAUUCAUUCAUUGGUUUCUCAUUUGAAACGAUAAUUGUUUUUCAAUCCAUUGUUUGCGUUAUAUUUGCCGCUAAUUGUGUCCAUCGAAGACAUCGGGAAGUGAUGGACGACAUUGUCAUUCGUCCGGAUGUGUUGAACAAAUUGAAAAACCGUUUAUCGGAUCAGUCAUAUCAAGACGCCAUCGAGAACUCAUCCAAAUUCAAUGUCCGACUCGUCAAUGAGAGACGUCUUCGGCUGCCAUUCCUCGACGCGCAGACAGGAGUGGCUCAAAGCGACUCUUUCAUAUGGGCGGAGACUGUGGAGCGGAUGCCCGGCCACAGCACGGGUCAGCUCUACUCAUAUCCGGCCCGCAGAUGGAAAAAGAAGAGACGACAGUAUCUGUUGAAUGAUAAUUAUCUGACGCGAAGGAUCAGAGAGAGUGAGAUAAAUGGCGAAGAAGUGGUGACCAAUAUUGUGGAGACGACGAGCCGUAUGGAAGCGGUCGAGAAUUUUGAGAAAUUCAUUGAGGAGUCAAAGACCGAGUCGUGGCUCCGGGACUACGACGACGGCAGCGAUUUGCCGGACGCCGGAGAACUCGAUGACCCGGAGUCUGAUUUCGACGAUUACGAGGAGUACUCCACCAGAAAGUCGUCGAAGAAGAAGAAGAAAGACGCGCCGAAGAGGAAGAGAGUCGAGUACUCGGACGCAGAGAAACCCUAUUCAUGCGAUCUGUGCGGCGCUCGAUAUAAGACACGACCCGGUCUUUCGUAUCAUUACUCUCAUAGCCAUCAAAACGAUGGAUCCAACGGUUCCAACAGUAAUUCCAUGACAGGACCGACUAGUAGUGGAAGAGCUCCCGCUGAGGACGAAGACAUGCCAUAUACACCUCCCCGUCAGGUUCACCAUCAGUCUCAUCCAACCCAAUCAACUCCUCUUCCACAUCCACCGCCAGCCAUGUCAUCGACACCGCAUCCAAUGCCACCAAUGAUGCCGCAAAUGAUGUCUUCACAGCCACCGCAUCCAAUGCCACCAAAUGCCGGCCCCAAACCUCCCAAUCCUGACGAGAUUGAAGGUUCUAAGAGCGCGAGCGGUAAGCCAUUAGCGUCUCCGAGUCAGUACUGCGACUUCUGUUUGGGUGAUUCCGCCGAGAAUAAGAAGACCAGAUCUGCUGAAGAGUUAGUCUCGUGCUCUGAUUGCGGCCGUUCUGCGCACCCGACAUGUCUUCAGUUCACUCCAAAUAUGGUUCUUUCUGUUUCCAAAUACCGGUGGCAAUGCAUUGAAUGCAAGUCUUGCGGACUUUGCGGCACUUCAGACAAUGAUGAUCAAUUGCUAUUUUGUGACGAUUGCGAUCGAGGCUAUCAUAUGUAUUGUCUGUCCCCUCCUCUCUCAGAACCGCCGGAGGGCUCGUGGAGUUGUCAUCUAUGCAUUGAAGAAUAUCAUACGCCUAAGAAGUAGUGCUCAAUUCAAUUGACAAACCAAUGAAUACACCCAUCAAAGUGUUGUCAUUUAUAAAACUUAAAUAAUAUAAGUAUUAUAACAAUAUAAUCACAAUUCCUUGACUUCGGGUUCAUCUGAAACAACUGCUAUAGAAUUGAUGGGUUUUGUCAUCUUUGAGACGGUUUUACACAAAUUUAAC